UUGCCAGCUGAAGAAGGGAAGUCUCUGUGGCAGCUUGUGCUGGAGCAGUUUGAGGAGCUGCUGGUGCGAAUUCUCCUGCUGGCUGCCUGCGUGUCGUUUGUCCUGGCAUGGUUUGAAGAAGCCGAAACCAUCACUGCCUUUGUGGAACCCUUUGUGAUCCUUCUGAUCCUGAUUGUGAAUGCUCUGGUCGGUGUGUGGCAGGAAAGGAAUGCGGAGAAUGCGAUUGAAGCACUGAAGGAGUAUGAACCAGAGAUGGGUAAGGUUUACCGAAUGGACAGGAAGGCUGUACAGAGAAUCAAAGCCCGGGAUAUUGUACCUGGAGACAUUGUGGAAAUUGCAGUUGGAGAUAAAGUUCCUGCUGACAUCCGGAUUAUCAGCAUCAAGUCAACGACCCUCCGAGUUGAUCAGUCCAUCCUCACAGGGGAAUCUGUCUCUGUUAUCAAGCACAGUGACCCUGUACCAGACCCUCGAGCUGUGAACCAGGAUAAGAAGAACAUGCUGUUUUCGGGCACCAACAUCGCAUCUGGGAAGGCGACUGGUAUUGUUGUGGCUACAGGAGUCCACACAGAGAUUGGCAAGAUUCGAAACCAGAUGGCUUCCACCGUGAAUGAGAAGACCCCUCUCCAGCAGAAACUGGAUGAGUUUGGGCAGCAGCUGUCAAAGGUGAUAUCCCUCAUCUGUGUCGCCGUCUGGGUGAUCAACAUCGGGCACUUCAAUGACCCGGUCCAUGGCGGCUCCUGGGUCCGUGGUGCCAUCUACUACUUCAAAAUAGCGGUGGCACUGGCUGUGGCUGCCAUUCCCGAGGGCCUACCUGCUGUGAUCACCACCUGCCUAGCCCUGGGCACUCGGCGCAUGGCAAAGAAGAAUGCCAUUGUGAGGAGCCUUCCCUCGGUGGAGACAUUGGGCUGUACGUCAAUCAUCUGCUCCGACAAGACUGGAACACUCACCACCAAUCAGAUGUCUGUCUGUAAGAUGUUCAUCAUUGAUUCAGUGGUGGGAGAUAACUGCAAACUCCAUGAGUUCAACAUCACUGGAUCCACCUACGCUCCAGAGGGACAAGUAUUAAUGGGAGACAAACCUAUCCAGCCCAGUAACUACAGUGGGCUAGUGGAGCUGGCUACCAUCUGUGCACUGUGUAAUGAUUCUUCCUUGGACUUCAAUGAGGCUAAAGGGGUUUAUGAGAAGGUUGGUGAAGCUACAGAAACUGCCCUCACCUGUUUAGUUGAAAAGAUGAACGUUUUCAACACUGACCUCCACGGUCUCACCAAAGUGGAAAGAGCCACUUAUUGUAACACUACCAUCAAACAACUCAUGAGGAAGGAAGUGACCCUUGAGUUCUCCCGUGAUCGCAAAUCCAUGUCUGUUUAUUGCUCUCCGACCAAGACCGUGGGGGAUUCAGGAAGCAAAAUGUUUGUGAAGGGAGCUCCAGAGGGGAUCAUUGAACGUUGCAACUACAUUCGUUGUGGUACAUUGAAGGUGGCCCUGAACCCUCGAUUGAAGGAAAAGAUCAUGAGUGUAAUCAAGGAAUGGGGAACAGGACGGGACACCCUCCGCUGCCUCGCACUGGCAACCCGAGACCACCCACCCCGGAAGGAGGACAUGGACUUGGAGGACCCGACGAAAUUCGUCAAGUACGAGACUGACCUUACGUUUGUUGGCUGCGUAGGGAUGCUGGACCCACCAAGAAAGGAAGUUGUCAAUUCCAUAAAGAUGUGUGAGAAGGCAGGCAUCCGUGUCAUCAUGAUCACCGGUGACAACAAAGGCACUGCCGUCGCCAUUUGCCGGCGGAUUGGAAUCUUCCAGGAGGACGAGGACGUGACUGAGAGAGCCUACACUGGCCGGGAGUUUGACGAUUUGACUCCGGAAGAGCAGCGAGAGGCCUGCCGCUCCACAUGCUGCUUUGCUCGGGUUGAACCUGCACACAAGUCCAAAAUCAUUGAGUACCUUCAGUCCUUCGACGAGAUCACAGCUAUGACUGGCGAUGGUGUUAAUGAUGCUCCUGCUCUAAAGAAGGCAGAAAUUGGGAUUGCGAUGGGCUCAGGCACUGCCGUAGCUAAGACAGCUGCGGAAAUGGUGCUGUCCGAUGACAAUUUUUCCACCAUAGUCUCCGCAGUUGAGGAAGGCCGAGCCAUCUACAACAACAUGAAGCAGUUUAUCCGCUACCUCAUCUCCUCCAACGUGGGUGAAGUUGUCUGCAUUUUCCUGACUGCUAUCCUGGGCUUGCCUGAAGCUUUGAUUCCUGUGCAGCUACUCUGGGUUAACCUGGUAACUGACGGCCUACCAGCCACAGCACUGGGCUUCAAUCCUCCUGACCUGGAGAUCAUGAACAAACCACCGCGUAAUCCCAAAGAGUCCCUCAUCAGUGGCUGGUUAUUCUUCCGCUACAUUGCCAUUGGAGCGGCACUUCAUGCAAUGCACACCAGACCACCCACUCUACCAAGACUUGGAAUGUAAAAUCUUUGAGUCUCGCUACCCUACAACCAUGGCAUUGUCUGUCCUGGUGACCAUUGAAAUGUGCAACGCAUUAAACAGCCUGUCUGAAAACCAGUCCCUGUUGAGAAUGCCUCCAUGGGUAAACAUCUGGCUUUUGGGAACCAUCUGCAUCUCCAUGUCUCUGCAUUUCCUGAUUCUGUAUGUGGAGCCG